ACGAAAGUGUGUGUAAAACUGAAUAAGAUAAACAUUUCAAUUAAAUUUACAGACUUUUAUCACAUUUCAACAAAGUUUUUGAAAAUGUUGUACUUGCAAAAAAUGAUACAUAUUAAGAAACCGUUAAUAUAAAUUCAAAGAUUACAGCUCAUAAAUCGGAAACCACAACAAUUGUCGAGGCUGUUUAAUUUCAAGACGGUUAUAUAUAUUAUAGUGUUUCUACUACCCAGGUGAAAGACAUCUUACAAGAUCUUAUAAGAUCUGAUGAUUUCUUAUGCAAUCUUGUUACAAGAUCUUAUCUUAAGAUCAUGUAUGUAUGGUAAGAUUUUACAAGAAGUAAUGAUUCAUGCUUACCCCAUAAAUUUUGCUACGCUGUAUAGCAUAUAUCUCCUAAAGCAAUAGAACAACAACAUAUAACAUAGUUCUUAUGACAAAAUUUACCAUAUUUUUCUUCUUUCAACUUUACACAUCAGUUGAGUACAAAUAAAGCGCCUGGCUAUAAGAAACGUGGUUAGACACGUUCCUAAGAACAGCAGAGUCCUUCCCAUGCUCGAAAAUAUGAUGAAAAGAAAAAAAAAAUUUUUUCAAAGAGGGUCCAGAGGGCAUCUGUAGGGCAGAACCACAGACAUAAUCUUGUAAGAUUUGACGAAUUCUUAUAUGAUCUUAUGAAAUCUUUCAAGAUCUUGUCACAAGGUCUUGCAAGAUCUUAUGGAAUCUUGUUGAAUUAAAAAUCUUGAGAAAUCUUAUAAGAUUCUUGAACCAAGAUUCUUAUGAAAUCUUGUAAGAUCCUGUGAAAUCUUGUAGUGUCUUGUAAUAUGAUUUUACAAAGUCCUAUUUAAGAUUCUUCGCACUGGGUAGCUAAGAUAUUAUAAGCUAAUGCUAGAAAUUGUUGAUAAAUGAUGUUAAAAUCUAUUGCAAUUUUAAAACUUGUAGAUGGUCAAAAUGUACAAAGUUAAAAUGUUGAUUAUAAAAUUGUUUCAAUAGACAACGAUUUUUUAAAUAUAAUCCGUUUGGCCGUAUUAUUUCAUCCAAAAAACUUUGAUUUCGACAUCAAAAUGAAAGUAACAUCGGGUUACAAAAAACCCGUAGAUUUUGAUUUAGUUUCACAGUUAACACCGUCAAUAUAUUGAUGUCGAAUCAAAGCCUUUUUGAAAAUGUAUUAAAAUUGAUAUUUGACUAUCAAAUUUUUAAAAGAAACUAUUAAUAAACCGAAUGUAUCUCCUAAAAAGAAUAUUUUGAGACUCAGAAGAUAUUCCAUUUAAAGAGCAGACCUUUCUCUACAAUUCUAUGCAAGAAAAUUUUUUUCAGAAGAAUUAACGAGGGCAAACGGAUUAUAUUAAAGACAUCGAUGUAUCAUUUUUUGCAAGUACAACAUUUUCAAAAACUUUGUUGAAAUGUGAUAAAAGUCUGUAAAUUUAAUUGAAAUGUUUAUCUUAUUCAGUUUUACACACACUUUCGUAUGAUGUGUUUAAAGUUUAUUCAAAUUUUUUUGUGUUGUUUAUAUAUUCUGUUUAUUCAGCAUCUCUUUCAAAACACUCAUGCUGUAUGCUUAAUUGUUACCCCAACUGUAAAUGAUCCCAUGGGAAUAAUGUUCUAUGAUUAAAAGUAUUCUGUUUAUAAGGUCUGAAAUAUAUGUAAGCGUCCAUGACAUAAUAUUAUCUGUGACGUAAAAUAAUUACUAGUUUGUCUAACAUUUCCUUUUUUGUACAUAGAUGAUAUAACAUAGUAACGAAUAUUUGUUAAGAUAAACCUUCAUAAUAAGGAGACAGAAACGGGAAAAUAUGUAUUUAUUUCUAUAAAAAUAAGUAUUAUUCUUAAAGAAAUAUCACCAUUGUUCGUGUAUAUUCAUACCAUUGUACCAUUUCAUACAUCUCUUCUUUUUUCCAAUUUUAUGUCCCUAUAGUUUUUCUAUUCAAAGUCAGAUAAAGCGUUAAACCAUGCAUAUAUCAACAGCUGUCGCUCUUUCUAUCUUUAUCAUUGUGCUAGCCUAUGAAUCGGCAGAAAUUAGUGGAAAUCCAAUCGCUGUAAAAAGUGCAGCAAAGGUAGCAGCGGUAAAUAAAACAAUAACAACUCACAGCAAAAAUCCAGCAGUAGAUAAGGCACCAACUAGCCCAGCCAAAGGAGGGUAAGACGAUUGUAUGCAUGUGUGGAAUUUCAUUUUUGCAAUUUACCUUUCAUUUUUGUUCUCACCCAUUUAAUCUUCUCUUGUUCAUUGUUAGUUAAUAAAUUUUUUUUAAUGAAAAAUGAUAAUUGUACAAGUGAAAAUUAAAUCCCUAUGUGUUUAUUCAGUAAGACUAUCAUAUAACCUCAGAAGAUAUCGAACCAUCUAAAUUUUUUGUCCGAACGAGCGACAACUAACUAACUUGUUAAUUUUUCUAAAUAUUUUUUCAGUAAAAAGACUAAAUCAAAAUGGGUAACACCAAAUGCAGCGCAAAAAAAGAUAUUUACAGAUUAUAAAGCCCUAAUUUUGAAAAAAUUACGGGAAAGACAACCAAAUGUACCAGCGACAUACAAAUUAGAACCAGUAAAAACAGGUAGUCAUGUGGUAAAAAAAGUUUCAGUAAACCAUUAUUUGAUUAAAUUACCCGAUAAAAAAUAUGCUCACGCAAUAGUCGCUGUACCAAAAACUGGUAAAAAGGAAAUAACAGAACAUAAUGUAUCAGUACGACGAACAAUAUUCGAUACACUUGAAGCUGCCGAAGAACAAUAG